GCUCGGUUUUGGGAAGAAUGCGGCUAGGGGGAUGGGGAGGUGAAGCAGCGAACGGCGCUGUAGGCCGAUCCCCCCUUCUCAGUUUCAGUUUUUAAUUACUUAAUGCCGAAUCGCACGGCGCUUAUCUAAAUAUUUGCAAAUGCUCUUUCCUAUUGAUUCCUCUGAAUAAACUGUGCUCCUCUCCCGCGGAGGGAAGGCGGCUCCUGAGCCAGCCCUCCCGAGCGGAGCCGGGGUGCGCGGGGCCGCGGCUGCAAUCGUGGGGCUCUGUGUGCACGCGUGUGGCACGCACCCGCGGGCUUCGCUGCGAUAUUUAUCAUUCAGGUUGCGUUCGUUUCGGUUUUGUUGUUUGUGUUUUUUUAAUUAUUAUUAUUUAUUAUUAUUAUUAUUUUUAAUUUAAAUUGUUAAACUUUCUCCCUCCCCCUUUUUUUUCUAAUAUGUAAAUAUUUUUUUUGCUCCGAGAGAGGUCUUUUUCACACUGGGCUUGAAGCUGCUUGCGGGUUUGUCCUGUACUUUGUGCGGAUAUGGAAUACAGACGUGUCCCUUCCUCGGCCGUCUCUCUGUCUUUCUCCUCGCUUCUGUUUAAUAUGGAGCAAUUUUCUGGAGGCUCGGUGACUCCCUCCUUAGGGUCACAUUGAGUUCGAAUCCCACUGAAGGUGCAGGGAUCCUGCGAUGGGGGAAAGAAGAGAAUAGGGAGGACGGGGUCAAGUUGGCUGCUCAGAGGCCAAAACUCCCACAGCUGCCUUUAAAAAUAUAUGUAUAAUAUUUGGCUUUCUUCACUGUAUCACAAAUUGCAGCCUUCCCUUUCAGGUAUUUUCUUUACAGCUUAAAGACCUUUCUUCCUUUUGCUUCCCCCACACACACCCCCCCCCCCCGUUAGGGGAGAAAGGGGGGGGAAGGAGGGAAAAUAAAAGGAAAAAAAAUGGGGAGGGAAGGGGAAAAAAUAAAACCCAUUGAGUUUAGGCAAAUAAGGUUUGGUCUCCGUAUCCUAUUACAAAGCACUUUGAAUAUGCAAGACAUCACACAAGACCAGUUAUUCCAGUUACGACAAACUUAAAAAAGAGGAAAAAAAAGAGAGGCAUGUUUAGAUUGUAAUUUGUUAGAGCAAGAAUUGUAUUUAAAACUCUGUCAUUUAAUUUUUUUUUUCCAGCCUUGCAUUGUAUCCAGCCUUUUUCUGAUGUUUAGGGUUGGGUUUUUUUUUUUUUUUCAUUAUUAAAAUCUUUCCGUUGAGUUUAGGAAGACUGCUGCAAGCAACACAUUUUCUGUAUUUUUGUUCCUGUAUCUUGGAGGAGAGUUGGCAGGGAUUCUGUGGUUUGCAGUUACACAAUAUGUUAUCAUGUUUUUAAUCACUAAAUCAUUGCAGUGGUUAUAGAUUUACAGUCUUAGGGUAUUACUGUGAGGAGCAGCGCAGACUGCAUGUACGGAACAUACGAGAGCAUGCAGUUAACAUGCUCGUGAACUUUGCUUUUAAACCGCUUCCCGGCCGAGCUCUGGCGGAGAGGAGAGCGAAGCUUUUGGCAUCACCCCUCCACACACUUGAGGAAAGUUUGUGCGAGGCUCCCGGCCGCGCAGGAGCUCCGAUGGGUGCUGCGCGCGCCCCGUCCCGCAGUGCUGGCGGUAAGCGGCGGGGCAGGGGCACGGGGGUCUGCCGGGAGGCCGGGGGGAGCGGGCACCCUGCUGGCUGCCCCCUGCACCCGUUUCCCCUUCAGUAUGUAACAGAGCCCUCGGCAGCAUUAAAAAUUCAGCAUUACAAGCUGAUUGUAAUGCUCCCUCAUUAGGGAGCACUGUCUGGUCCGGCAUUAAGCGCAAGACAGAGUGUGGCUUUUCGGCUGCGGCACCGGCCGAGGCUUGGGGAGCAGCUGAGUGCAGGGUGGUCAUGGAGCAGGGUGCCCCGGCUCCCAUAGCCCCCUGUGGGGCUGCACUGGGCUCCCGGCUGCUGUGCAGCACCAGGCCCGGGGCUCCUGCUCGGCCUCCCGCUUGAGGGCUGUUCCUGUAUCAGCUUCCUGAGCUGCCCUCCCGCCUGGGUCCCGCUCCGCAGGCCGCCUUCAGCCAGAAACAAAAGCAAAGAAAAGGCAUAUUAAAGGGUUGAGGAGCUCUGUGCCUGGAUGCAGAGGUUGCUUUGCUAUAUUUGUUUUGGUUUUUUUUUUUUCCCAUUCUUUCCUUUUCGAACAUGGUCAUUUUGGGAGCAUUUUGGGCCAGCGGGAAGCCCGCUGCAGCCCCUCUCCCGCAUGUCAAUGGUGCAGCUCACAGCAGCGCUGGCCCUUGGCUGUGGGAACCCCAUGCCCUCCCUCCCAUCCUGCCGCUGCCUUUUGUUCCUGCAGGACUGAGCCAAGGUGCUGCUCAGUGGCGGAGGUGGCGUGGGGCCUGGCACCUUCGCCUGGCCUUGUCGUGGCUGCUGUCAAACCGGGGCCCGGCGGCGGCUGCUUUGACAAAGGCAGAGGCGCGUGUCCCUCUUUCAUCCCUCUGUUUUGACCCCCCGCCCCGGUCCCGGCAGUGUCGUGCCAGAGGCCGAGAGCAGCGCUGAGGAGCAGAUUUACUUUGGGCCUGGCAAGCAGUUGAACAGCUUCAGCGGGGAUUGCUAAAUCCCAAUUGAUGGACAUAUGGCUGGCUGCAUUAGUCUGCCCAUUAACGCUCCCACUUUCCAAAAUACCAAUAGUAGUGAUAAUGAUAAUAAAAAUGUUGUAUGGAGAAGCUGAAAAAUGACUAGUGGGCUUUUACAUCAACUUUAUUCACAUACUGUUCUGCUGGGGCUCGGACUCUGUUGCGCGAGCGUUUCCUCCGCCGGUGUCGGACUCGCUCAUCUGCGGUGGGAGAGUUUUCAGCAACCAUCUUCUUGUAGGUGCUGGUGCUGCUGGUGGUGCUGGAGCUGGAGGUGUGUUUGUGUGGGAAGAUCGGUGCGAUUCAGGAGGGAUGGGCUGGGAAGAGGCUGAGUGUUUCACACCUCCGCUCCCUUUCGCCAGAGCGUGGCUGAGGUUUGGCCUUUGCGUGGCUUUGGAGCAGUGUCUGGCCAGCGGGAGAGGUGGGCCACAGACAAAGCUGGGUCUCACCUGAUUCCCUGUUCUGGCCAUGUGCGGGACCCCUGUGCCGCUCAUGGGGCUGCGGCCAAUGACUGGCAGCAGGGUUUCGGCUUGGGAGAUCCCUUGGGGCUGGAGCGGGGUGACCAUGGGGCUGCCCUCUCAUGCUGCCUCUGUUUUCUUAUGGUGGGGCGUCACCCCACACCCCUCUGGGAGCCCCUGGGGGAGGCCAGCGAGGGGAGACCAUAGGGAGGAACAUCUCCUGUUUGGAGCGGAGCUCCCCUGCCCUCCUCACUCCCGCCCUCGCCAGCCGACGUUUGGGCUGGGCGUCCAGCGCGUGGCAGCGCCAGGGCUGCUGAGGGCUGUCGUGGCAGGAGAGUGGGAAUCAAAACAUCUGUGCGCAGGCCUGGGCGCCGCAGCCUCUAAUGGUUUUGACGGAGCUGUUGUGGUCUGUUGUCUGGAAAAUCUGCAUUCUGCGCCGUGCCCGAGGGGGGCCGCGGCACCGCAGACCGUGGCGGUACCUAAAUAUAACUGCCUCGCGCCGUGGGGUGAGGUGAGGGCAGGAGGGAGCAGGGCCGCCCGUCCCGCCUCCUGCUUUGUCUCUCAUCUGCGAUUCAUGCAUUUGUGUUUUCUCCUGAGGUUGGGGUUGUGUGUAGGCAGGGAUUGGAGAAAUAGAGAAAUUCCAGCUAGUUUGAAAAAACCCCAACAAACAAACAGGGUGGAUGAGUCGGGCUUCCGUUGCUGCUGGUGGCCAGGAGACAGUAGCUCUCACUGCCGAGUUGGGGAUCCCACUGGACCUGGAAGCCUCGGCGUGCUCCCUCUCUGCAGCCGCCGGUGUGGCAGUGGGCCACGCCACCCUGCUUGUGUUGGUGAUUCUCCUUCCCCCGGUAGAUACUGUGGGUCUCGCUCGGAUCCUGCUGUGCUGGCAAGGAGCAAGUGCUUUCCGGUGCUUCCUCGUUGGCUCAGCCGGACAGACGUGUCCAUCUGUCAGUGCGGGAGGUGGGUGAUGAUCUCCACGGCAGCAGAGCGGUGGCAUCUGUGUGAGGUGUGCGCUGUGUGUGCAUCCAGAGGCGGACUGUACAUACAGUUAAACUUCAUCCCCAUCUGAAGUUAAUUCUUGUUUGGGGUUUUUGGGAGGGAGACCUGUGCCGGCUGGCUGUGCAG